UAUUGCGAUUUAAAUGCUAAUUUUAUAAAAAUUUUGAAAAUUAAAUUAGUGCUGUUAACAAUAAAUACACAGCAAGCACGUAAACAUGUUUCUACCUUCGGGUGUACUUCGUGCCCUUUCUAAUUGUAAAAACAUUAGAGGAUUACAGACUUCAGCCAUUCUCACAUCUGAUCAGUUAUUUGUUCAUAGAGACAGUGAAGUUGAUAAUCCAAAUAUUCCAUUUGAGUUUAAUGGAGCAAACCAAAAACGUAUUGAAGCCCUUUUAAAAAUUUAUCCUGAAGGUCACAAACGUGGUGCAAUGAUACCUUUAUUGGAUUUAGCUCAGAGACAACAUGGAUGGUUACCUAUUUCUGCAAUGCAUAAAGUGGCAGAAAUAUUGAAUGUACCACGUAUGCGUGUCUAUGAAGUAGCAACAUUUUAUACAAUGUUUAACAGAAGGCCAAUGGGAAAGUAUCAUGUACAAAUUUGUACCUGUACUCCAUGUUGGUUACGAGAUUCUGACUCUAUUGUAGAAGCUGUAACUAAAGCUACAAAUUGUAAAGUAGGAGAAAUGUCUGAAGAUAAACUGUUCACCAUUUCAGAAGUAGAAUGUCUAGGGGCUUGUGCUAAUGCACCAAUGUUUCAAGUUAAUGAUGAUUAUUAUGAAGAUUUAACUCCUGAAAGUGCCACUACUAUCAUAAAUGCACUGAAAAAAGGAGAAAGACCACCACCAGGUCCACAAAAUUCACCUAGAUUUGCAGCAGAUCCAGCAGGUGGCUUAACAUCAUUAACAUCUCCACCACCAGAACCUGGAUUUGGUGUUAGAUCUGAUUUGUAA